GGCUGGCUGCUGCUUUUCUGCUCCUGGAAGCGGCCAAGGGGGGAAGCGGCGAGUCAACAUGGAGCUUUCAGCGGUGGGGGAGCGGGUGUUCGCGGCCGAAGCCCUCCUGAAGCGGCGCAUACGGAAAGGACGCAUGGAAUACCUCGUGAAAUGGAAGGGCUGGUCGCAGAAGUACAGCACAUGGGAACCCGAAGAAAACAUCCUGGAUGCUCGCCUGCUCGCAGCCUUUGAGGAAAGGGAACGGGAGAUGGAGCUCUAUGGCCCCAAAAAGCGAGGACCCAAACCCAAAACCUUCCUCCUCAAGGCCCAGGCCAAGGCAAAGGCCAAAACCUACGAGUUCCGAAGCGACUCAGCCCGGGGCAUCCGGAUCCCCUACCCUGGCCGCUCCCCCCAGGACCUGGCCUCUACUUCCCGAGCCCGUGAGGGCCUUCGGAACAUGGGUCUGUCCCCGCCAGGAAGCAGCAGCGGCACUGGCAGCACCUGCCGGGUGGAGCCCCCGCGGGACCGGGACCGGGACCGAGAGCGGGAGCGCGAGCGCGAGCGGGACCGAGAGCGGGAGCGGGAGCGGGGUGCCAGCCGCACCGAUGACAAGCCCAGCUCACCGGGAGACAGCUCCAAGAAGCGAGGCCCCAAGCCCCGGAAGGAGCUCCUGGACCCCUCGCAGAGGCCCUUGGGAGAAGCCAGUGAUGGCCUCGGAGAUUACCUCAAGGGCAGGAAGCUGGAGGAGGCCCCUUCCGGGGCAGGAAAGUUCCCAGCUGGCCACAGCGUGAUCCAGCUGGCCCGGAGGCAGGACUCGGACCUGGCCCAGUGCGGUGUGGCCAGCCCCAGCCCGGCGGAGGCCACAGGCAAGCUGGCUGUGGACACCUUUCCGGCCAGGGUCAUAAAGCACAGGGCCACCUUCUUGGAGGCCAGAGGCCAGGGCACCCUGGACCCAGGUGGCCCCCGGGUCCGGCAUGGCUCAGGCACCCCUGGCUCUGUGGGGGGCUUGUAUCGGGACAUGGGGGCCCAGGGGGGAAGGCCCUCUCUCAUCGCCAGGAUCCCAGUGGCCAGAAUCCUGGGGGACCCAGAGGAAGAGUCCUGGAGUCCCUCUCUGACCAACCUGGAGAAGGUGGUGGUCACCGACGUGACCUCAAACUUUUUGACCGUCACCAUUAAGGAAAGUAACACGGACCAAGGCUUUUUUAAAGAGAAAAGAUGAAUUGGUGGGUGAUCCCAGGACGAGAGAGCAGGAGAGAGAGUGGGAGCGCAAACUUGGCAUAAUGCUUUUUAUUUCUGGGUGGGAGGCGGCCUUCUGGCUGGUCCUGUCCCUAACUUCACACACCCAACCCUUUCCAUUCCUCCUCCCUCCCCUCAGUUUUGGUUGGAAAGAUUAUCUCUAGAGUUAUAUUUUCUAUUAGAUGUAAAUAUGUUAUUUAAGAAAAAAUAUCUAAAUAUAUAUAUUUCAACUCUUGAAGUUGUUUUAUUUAAAUAAGGAGAGAGA